CGCCGGUCUCCCUCUGCGGCUCCCUUGGCGGCGCUGGGGUGAGGGAGGCGGCCGGACCCCGCAGUCUCUCCCCGGCCGGCGGACGGGGCAGCUCUGCUCGGAGCUGGAGGCUCCCGGGCCGAUGGCUGGAUGGUUAUGGGGCCAGGCAGCCUCCCCCCGGCGGCUGUGGAGCGGCUCCGGGGGCCGCGGCGGCGGCCUCUGCUCAGCAUGGUGCUGCUGGUGUCCGUGUGCCUGGCCCCGCCGGCCGCAGUGCGUUGCCAGCAGUGCCGAAUCCAGCGCUGUAAUGCAGACUACGUGGCUUCCACAUCUCCUAACCAUGCCUUGCCAGAGGAGACACCGCUGGACGUGGAUUACUGCAUUGCCUUGCGGGCGUAUUCGGUGUGCACCAGAAAGACAGCCAAAUCCUGCCGGGGAGACCUGGUGUAUCACUCGGCCGUCUUCCGGAUCAAGGAACUCUUUACGCAGUACAACUGCUCCAGCGACGGGCCGACCUCCUCAGCGAACGCCCCUGGCACACCGGACCCUCUGGUUUCAGAGCUCUGCAGCUAUGAGAGCAGAUCUGGCUUUCAGAAGAAAUUUGCCCACUGUGGAUUAUUUGGGGAUCCUCAUUUAAGGACCUUUAAAGAUGAGUUUCAGACGUGUAAAGUGGAGGGAGCUUGGCCGCUAAUAGACAAUCAGUACCUGUCAGUCCAGGUCACCAACGUCCCAGUUGUUCUGGGAUCCAGUGCCACUGCCACCAGCAAGAUCACGCUGAUCUUUAAGAGUUACCAGGGCUGUACGGAGCAGAAGGUUUAUCAGGCGACCACAGAGGACCUACCGCUGGCGUUCAGUGAUGGCACAAGAACCGGAGGGUGGCAGGAGGGAGCCAGCAGCCUGCGCAUCCUGGAGAAGCCGGACACCGGCCAGGUGGAAAUCCAGGCCAACUACAUUGGCAGCACCGUCAUCAUCCGCCAAGUGGGCCGCUACCUCACCUUCGCCAUCCGUGUGCCGGAGGAGACCCUGAACCUCUCGGAGGAGAGCGCCGGCCUCCAGCUCUGUCUGCAUGGCUGCCCGAAGAACGAGCUGAUCCAGGAGCACAGGCUGAGCCUGGCGAGCUCUAGCCCGCUCUGGCCCAGCUCUCGACGGGCCUACACGGUGGAGAUGGCCACCGAGCAGUGUCGCCACAUCCUGCAGGUGGAGGACGUGUAUUUCCAGUCCUGCGUCUUUGACCUGCUCACCACGGGGGACCCCGAGUUCUCCAUGGCUGCUUACGGGGCCUUGGAAGACUUGAAGGCGCUGUACCCCAGCAGACUCAAGUUGCAUACUGUGUCCAAGGCUAUUAACGUGGCCACUGGUGCUCCGGAGCCUGGGCAGCCCGCUGCCUCGUUAGUCUGGUGCGGUCUUGCCUUCCUAAAGCUGCUCUGGUGCUGCUAAUGAGUGUGGAUCUUUUGCCAAUAUUGGGCCCCAGUAUAGGAAGAGAGAAGCCCCUGGUACCUCCCAGCCUUGGAGCAGAGUGGAGGGUCCAAAUUCUCCUCCCACCAAGCCGGCCUGCUUGGUCCAGCUGACUCCCACUCUCCAUUGCUAACUGAAGGCGAAGUGCGGCUUGCUCAGAUAUUCUGGUCUCCACUGAAGCCCAUAAGCCACAGCUGCCCCCCCGCCUUGUGAGCAAGAGUUGGGGACCAGCAUUGGCUCUUGCUUCGCCAGGGCUGCUGCUUAGGAGGUUGGCCAGACUCUCAACUGGCCAGCUCCGAGGGAAAUGCUGCCCCCAUCCAUAGCACCUGCUUACCGACCCCUUCUCCGUCACUGAUGUGCGAGCAGAAGGCCCCUCAUUCCUUCCCCACCCCGUCCUCCAGAUAGAACCUCCUCCAGCUUUCCCUACUGCUGGCCCUUCGAGGGAUUUCUCUGCCAUCUCAUGGCUGCCGUGCUCCUAGGUUGACCCCAUGCUGACUUGGUGUUCUUACCAAGCGCUCAGCUUCCCUGUGCCAUGAUGAGCAAAUUGGGCGGGGAUACUACACGGCUGGGGCUGUUACUGGGAGUGGCCCCUUGUUUCCUCUGCGCUCCAAAUCCAGAGCGAUGGCUGUAGAAACAAAGCAAACUAAGAAGCCCUCUCUGCAGGUAGCCACGUGCCUCAGGAAACUACGCCCUGAAACCUGGCUGCUUUCCAGUGCCCCUGAGGAAAGCUGCCGGUUGGGGUAGGAAGGGACAGGGGGAACUCUCGCGCUGUUCCUCCCACAGAACUGUCUAGCCUGUGAAAUGGUCACGAUGGCUCAUGCCCGUAGCCUGCUCCACCCCAGACACACGCUCCGUGGCUUCAGCUAGCCCAAGCCCAGAUAGAGCCCUUUGUGGAUUUGGGAGCUGCUGACCCUGAAGAAGCAGCUUCUCUUAUUAUCACUGCUAAGAUGUGUAGAUUUGUGCUCUCCAGCCUGUAAAUGUCUGUACGACUGGUGUUCCUCCACGCAGCUGUUCUUUGUGGACUUCAUAAACCUCCCCCCAACCAGCUGUUAAUAGCAUUUUAACCUCAAUUGUCAUUAAACCGCUGUUUUUUAAA